AUGUUGGUCACUAAACUAGCUAGAUAUUUUGGAGUAUUUGAUGAGCUUGAUGCUAGAUUUCUGGCAAGGAUAGAGGGCCACCCGUUGCAGCCCUAUUUAUUCAAGACAUCUCGUAUAAUGAAGGACAUGGGAAACGAUACCUAUACGAUACCGGCGGAUGAUACGGUUGAGGUUCCAGCAUGUCGUCGGAAUAUGAGCCCUAGAGUAGAGGAUCAGGAUCCUAGAGAUACACAUGUGGGUGAUGAGCUACCUAUGGACCCAUAUCACGUUAUAACUAGAAAGUAUGAUGAUGACACAGGUCGGGGCAUGAACUUUAUCAGGAAGGAAAAGAAUGGGAAUGAUCGGGUCAGCAGCAACGUCAGCGACGCAGCAGUGAACAAGACAGUUCAUCGGCCUCCGGCGGUCACUCGCUGCCCACCGCGACUCCGUAGCAGCACUGAGGCGAAGAAGAGCGAUUGGAGCGGUCUUGACCUCGUCGGAAUAGUCCAGCAACGGCGAAGAAGUGAUGCUCGGUCCUCGUUGGCAACUCCGACUCUAACAACGAAUGUGCUGUGGCGACAGGGGGUAAAAGCAACCCGACAGCGACGAACGAUCACCCGCUGUCCCCUCCCCCUGGUAGUCUUCAACUUCUCUGGUCAUGGCGGCUGGAUUCGUUGGUCUCGGUUGGCCAGAACAAGCGACAUGGUGGUGGCGCCGGAGUUGAGAGAUAGAAGAUGGAGUCCGAUUGAAGAUGAGAGGGAGGUAUAA